UCUGAUGGGAACGAUGGAGUUUCCAAAUGUUCAUAGUGCAGUUGCUCUAGAAAUGCUUCUUGUAGUCCACUCUGAGAAGAGACAUACCAAGCCUGUAUGGAAGCUGCAGGAAGACAAAAAGGGGGGAAGCAAAACCACAGGCUGUGCUGUUCGGAAGCAACAAGUCAUUACACCCUGUUCACCUCAAGGAACCCAGGUGACAGUAGAAGUUCAUAGUAGCAAUUCUACCCCACUGUUAUUCAAGAAGCUCUCCUCUGGGAAAGGUUUUCAAGUGAAUGGGAAAGGCAGACCCCGCCCACCUGGACUGAAAGACCAGCAUGCUUAUCCAUGGGACAACUUGUGCUUAAAAUCCAUGCCUUUGGACCUGAAGCAGUUUGAAAAAUUGGAUGCAUAUGCAAAAAAGGUGACUGCCAAGAGAAGUGUGGAAGAGUUAGUGCAAACCUUGCUCCGUGUAGCACAUACUGAUCUGGAGAAAGUUAGGGCCAUUUGGAUGUGGAUAUGCCACCACAUUGAAUACGAUGUUGUAGGUUUCCAUAAUAAAGAGAAUCAGUCUUACAAGCCCCAGGAUGUCCUUCAGAGUGGAAAGAGCAUUUGUGAGGGAUACGCUGGGCUCUUUGAACAAAUGUGCAGCAUUGCAGGGGUACACUGCAUGAAUUUAUCUGGUUAUUCCAAAGGCUAUGGCUACAGAAUGGGGCAGACCUUUGAAGGAGCGUACGACCAUGCCUGGAAUGCAGUUUACCUUGAUGGAAGGUGGCAUUUGGUGGACAGCACUUGGGGCAGUGGCUCGGUUGAUGACUGUUGCAGCAAGUUUACCUUCAGAUAUGAUGAACUUUAUUUCCUCACCCACCCUGCCCUCUUUAUUAAUAAUCAUUUUCCAGACAACAACAACUGGCAGCUACUUAAACCAACUGUGGCAUUAAAAGAGUUUGAAAAUAACAUGCUGUACAAGAGCGACUUUUACAAGAUGGGAUUGCUGGUGGCCCAUCCAGAAACACCAAUUAUUCAUACAGUAAAUGGAAAAGUCACAGUAGUGGUGGAGAGCUGUUCCCCAAUGCUGUUCAUGUUUGAACUGAAAGGGACAAAGGAAUAUAGCUUGAUGACUCUGAAGAGGAAUGGGAUGAAUCUGGAACUAUACCCACAGAAGAUGGGAAGUCAUAAACUGCAGAUCUAUGCCAAACCACCCAAAGGCUCUGAAGAAGUUUACAUCUGCGUCCUAGAAUACAACAUUGAAUGCAGCUCUGUAGACAGGAAUGUUUGUUUCCCAAAGGAACUCCAUCAACCAGUUGGGCCUAGCUGGUUCACAGAGAGACAAGGGAUCCUCAGACCUUCACAAAAAGGUCCAGUUAUUCAUACUAAUGAUGGCUGCUGCGACCUCAGCUUCAUCCUUAGUAAAGACUUGAGCAUUUUAGCCUCACUGCAUUCAGACAGUGUAAGCCUCAGUGAGGAUGUGGGAAGACGGCAUAUCUUACAACAAUGCCAAGGAAACCAAAUAAACUUUAAGAUCCAUCUUCCGCAUGCUGGGAAUUUUGCUUUCAAAAUCUUUGCUAAGAAGAAGUCAGAUCCUGGUAACUAUAACUAUAUCUUUAAUUACCUCAUCUGUUGCCCAAACACUAAGGUCAAAUGGCCAAUGUUCCCUCAGAAUUACAGCAAGUGGGCAGAAAGCUAUGAACUAGUGGAACCUCUAGCUGCAUUGCUACCAGCCAAUCACAACAUCAAGUUCAAACUUAAACUUCACAGCAUUGCCAAAGCAUUUGUUCAAUGUGAAAAAACCUGCCCCUUGUCUCUUAGUAAGGACGGCUACUGGGAGGGAUCCUGCAACACUUCUGGAUGCACAGAGAUAUAUGUGAUGGUGUUGGAGAAUGCUAACCACAAAUUUUACUCACAUAUUUUGAAAUAUGAAGUUGAGUCACAGUAAUAGGCCACUUGAACCUUUCUCAUCUGCCCACAUGCACAAUAUGUGAUCUAUUUAUAAUCCAUUCAACUCUGAAUAAUUUAUUUCAUGCUGUUGGAUGACAAUAUUCAUCCUACUGAAGCAGCAGCAAAACAAUUUAAUUUGAUCAACCUCCAUCCCCUGAGACUUUUCACUGAUAUUAUAUGAUGUGUGAGGUUUAUAUAAAAUAUAAGUUAUAAAAUAUAAGUCAUAAAAAAAAUUAGGCAAACCUUUUCCAUGUUAAUAAUUUCAGCAUAGCAAAAUCAUUUAGGCAUAUAAAGAGGCAUUUAAACACACAUCUUCUCACAUGCCUUGCCAUAAUUUUGUGAUGUGACUGAUUCUGAAAGUAUAUGUUCAACAUUAUCAUGUGUAACAAAGGAGCAUUCUAGAACUCAUGUUGGGCCAAGGGAGAAAAAGACCCACAUUUUUGACUGUUGAUGCAAGAGUGGCUAUAGAAUUUGAAGAAACAUGAAAAAGAAACAUGUUUUUACAAGACUAUAAUGUAAGCUUUCUUGUGUACACUUCAUUGUCUUACAAAUAUAAAACAGUACUGAGAAGUUUUACACCAGAUCUUAAAUGCAAUUAAAUGCUAGUUUUUAUUCACUGGGCUGUAGCACCCAACUAACAUUUUUAAUAAGAAUCACCUAUCUCUAUGUAAACUAUUUAAAAAAUUAUUUGCUUUGGGGAAUGCUACUUCAUGAACUACAGCCUGACACUGAAGCACCUGAGAAUAACCCAAGACAAACUUGAUCAGUACGCAAUUAAACAAAUACAUGUAGUUAUUGAAACAG